ACAGUCGCGUCAUAUAUGUAUAAACAUGGCGGAAUCCACGAAUAAUUCGGAGGAUGACCGACUCUCGUGUAAAAUCUUAAUUAUCGGCGCCGGUAUGGCGGGAUUGUCAGCGGCAACUCAUCUACUGAAGAAUAACGAGACUGAUAUUCUUAUUGUCGAAGCUCGUGAACGUAUAGGCGGACGGAUUGUUGCUGCACAAGUCGGUACCGAAAGAGUUGAACUAGGAGCAAAUUGGAUCCAUGGUGUGUUAGGUAAUCCCAUGUUUGAAUUGGCAAUGGCACAUGGAUUAAUAGACAUUGUGCAUGUUCCAAAAUCUCAUAAAGUGGUAGCAGCACUGGAAGACGGAAAGCAAUUGCCAUUUCCUGUUUUGCGAGAAAUUUAUGAGGCUUAUGUGUGCUUUCUAAGACGAUGCGAAGAAUAUUUCUUGAGCACAUAUAGUCCUCCUGAUGGUAUAAGCAGUGUAGGAGCGCACAUUGCAUUGGAAGCAGAGAUAUAUCUGUCUUCUUUACCUCCCGAACAACGAAGAGUUAGGCAACUUAUCUUUGAUUGUCUACUCAAAAGAGAGACUUGCGUCACAGGCUGUGACAGUAUGGAUGAGGUAGAUCUCAUGGAAAUGGGUUCGUACGACGAGCUUCAGGGUGGGAAUAUUAGUCUUCCAAACGGGUACAGUGCUAUAUUGGAACCUGUUUCAAAACACAUACCAAAAAAUUGUAUUCUUACCAAACAUGUAGUAACAAAGAUUAGAUGGCAAAAACAAAAGCAUCCCAUAGAUGAUAACAAUUCUACUGACAAUGCUAAUUCGAAAUCGGAUAGCCUUAUAGAAGUGCAAUGUGAAAAUGGAAAAACUAUUACUACCGAGCAUGUAAUAUGUACGUUACCGUUGGGCGUUUUAAAAAGGACAGCUCAGGACUUGUUCGAACCGUCGUUACCUGCUUACAAACUCGAUGCGAUAAAUAGACUGAUGUUCGGUACCGUGGAUAAAAUAUUUCUCGAAUACGAGCGGCCUUUUCUCAAUCCCGGUGUGUCGGAAGUGAUGCUACUCUGGGACGACGACCGAUUAUCCGAGACGGAGAAGCGGGAUAUAAGUAAAACCUGGUUCAGAAAGAUAUACUCAUUUAUCAAGAUUUCGGAAACACUGUUACUCGGUUGGAUAUCCGGUCGCGCAGCUGAAUAUAUGGAGCAACUGAGCACCACCGAGGUGGCGGAAGUGUGCACAACUAUUCUGCGACGAUUUCUCAACGAUCCCUUCGUGCCGACCCCAAAGAACUGCUUGCGCACAAGUUGGCACUCGCAGCCAUACACGCGAGGCUCUUACACCGCGAUAGCCGUCGGAGCGAGUCAGUUGGACAUCAAGAGCUUAGCCGAACCGUUGGUCCAGGAAAUAACGAACGACAAGAUGGAUGAGACGAUUAAAGUUCAAGUGGCGUUCGCUGGCGAACACACUCAUUCCUCUUUUUACAGCACAGUGCACGGAGCGUAUCUGAGCGGUCGAACGGCGGCUGAGUUGCUUUUGGGCGUUAAACAAAGCGAGAAGCACGCGUUGAGUCUUAGUUGUGAGGAUACUAGCGAUCUUAGCUCGUGGAUACAAGGCAUUUCCUUAAAUUAAUAUACGCCUUUUUUUCCGAAAGAAAGUCGCGCGAACGACUUUCAAAGUUCACGGACGUUCAUAGAUGUAUUUAGAAGCUACAUACGCGUUUAAGUUCGAGCCGAUCACUUUCUUUUUGUAAAUAUCUCAUAGUAUCGAAUAUAUAUCUGGUUGUCUCUCGACACACACGUCAUGUACAUAUAACGAUGCUUUUUAAAAUUUUAAGACUUCGCGAUUGUGCGCGCGCGCGCGUGUAGGUAAUAUACUAAAUUUGACCGAAGUCGAGAACAAGCCUAACUCAGUAUUUUUUUCUUAACUGUAUGACGUUUUUUAGUAGUGAGAUUUAUAUAAGAUCGACAAGCAUAUUUUCCAUCUUCUUAAUCUUAUCGUGCACAUUUGUUUGUAUAUAAAUUACUUUGCUUGCUUGACUUCUUUAUUGUCAGCUGAUUCACAUCGUACGUGUAUCGUUAAGUAAAGAAAGUUCCAUCGCGAGAUACAUGGAAUUUAUUGAAUUAAUCUAGUCAUAUUUGAAAUAUAAAAAACUUAAAACACAAAUUUGAUAAAUAACAAGAAAUUUCUUGUGACCAAACUCGCACUAAGCAGUUCAGUUUUGUAUUUUACGUUUUGACACAAACAUGUGCCAUAGAAAAAUCAGACGUUAACCCUUAAAAUACUAGAUAAAACAAUUUGUUUAUCUUUUAAAAUGUGUAUCCAAGCUAAUCUCAAAUGUGUAAUUUACACAGUUUGUGAAAACGAAAAUAAUAUCACAUUAAGUAAAUAUCGCAUGUUUUAAGAAAAUAUAAAUGUGUAGAAUAUGUAAUUUAUUA